CAAAAUUUUUGGUUUGUUGGGUGUAUCGAAAAAUUUUAUUAGCGUACGACAAUCAGGCGCGUUGUGAGAUUUCCGUUCACAGAUAUUUUGAGUUACGGUACAUACCUAAAUAAACUGCAGCAAAAUGUCGACCAAUGUUGAAUAUUCCUCAAAAACCACCUUGAUCGAAAAAGAUCAUCAUCACAAGUCACAGAAUGCAUUCUGGUGCAAGAUCUGUGGAGUUGUGGCCGUCCUGAUGACGAUUCUGGCUGUUGUUUUCAUUGCUUUAUAUGCCGUGGAAGCUACCAGAAAACAUCAUCACCAUACAACACCGAUCUUCAUCCCUACCACAAUGAACCCCAACGAGACGACCACUCUCAGUCCUAACAUGACCACUCCCUUCUUUAAUACCACCUUCAACCCCAAUAUCACCACCUCCUUGCCGUUUAACACGACAUUCAAUCCCAACAUGACCACACCCUUCAAUACCACAUUCAAUCCUAAUGUGACCACUUCCAUGCCGCUCAACACCACGUUUAACCCCAACAUGACCACAGCUGAGCCCAUGAACAUGACCACAACGCAUUUUCUACCCAACGUUACUACAGUAACACCCAACGUUACCAUGCCCGCGCGCGUUACGACUGAAACGCCAAUGGUACCAAGCGUAACCACUGGCGCCACCACGAAACGCAUCGAAGUGGAAGUAACCGAGCCCGUCGUCGAGACCAACCCGACACUGGAUCCCAACCAGUGGCCCACGCUGCCCCAUGGCACCCAUGGUCCUUUGGUUUCGUUACGGCCACAUCGCCGAACGACCACAGAUGGUCCCUGGAAUCACGGGAUUGCUAAGCGGUCGCUAAAACUCAAGGAGAAGGUGCCCAAGAAAGAGCACGAACAUAAGCCUGAAUCUGUUCUUCUGGGAGCCAAAUUCUAAAGGUCACCUUAUAUGUUUUUUUCAAUACACCAUUGGAUCUGUCAAAUUGUGGCGUUAGCCUGCUUGUAAAGCUAAGCUUUUCGCACAGUUUAUCGUUUUGUUUUGUAAUACCGCACGGUGCGGCUUGAAGUUUUUAUGGUUGAUAACUACCGUGCCGUAUGAAGAUUGCCUAACAAUGCAAAGGUCAAUACAUAGCGUGUUAUCGAGAAA